AUGAUUGGAUGCAUUAUGUAUCAUGUGAGGUUAAAUGUUGGUGAUCGAAGGACAAUUGCACGCGAGAUGCGAGUUGCAACAACUGGAGUCGGUGUAUAUGUGAAUGAGACCACUGGAAAUACAUAUGUUAGGCUGAACGGAGCACAUGGUCGUCUAGUGGGUGGAAAUCAGCCAACAGUGGUGGAUGUCCAAGGAAGUCAUCCACCUGUCACUCAACCUUAG